GCCACCACCACCAUCACCACCUCCUCCUCCCGCUCGUUUGCCUCCCGCCGCCCCCUCAGCCCACUCAGCACACUCCCACACAACACAACGCUCUCGCCCGUCUUGCUGAGAGGACGUGUUGUACGCCUCUCAGUCUCUCUUUCUGAAGCGGUAACAGACGUGCGGCUGACCGUGCGUGCGUGCGUGCGUGCGUGUGCAAGUGCGUGUCCGUUGCUUGUCAUUACCGUGCUUGCUUCUCUGACCUGCUCUCCUCGCCUAGUCCAAGCUGCUGCACGGAGAAGAGGAGCUGUUACGACUUCAAAUAAACUUCUGUUGCUGCUUUCAAUAAACUUCAUCCACGCUUUGAUUAGUUUGCCUUCGCGUCUGUUGGUGGUUGUGACUGUGGUGGUGGUGGUAACGAGUGGUGGUGUCUUCGCCGUGACUACAACACACAGACGCGCACUCGGAUUGCAACCUUUGUGCAUUGUGAGGGAGUUUCAAUUGGGAAAGUUUGAAAGACAGAAAAAGAGAAACAGAACUGAAGUGGUGUCAGAAGGUAUAGCAUUAUCUCAACCACCCACGACCUCCUCAACCCGUCACCCUCGUCACUCCAUCAUCCCCGUGCAAUCCAUUCCCCUCUGUGCUCCCCUUACGCCCUCUCAUUCUCACCAUGGGCACCAGAAACCUGCCCCCGAAGGCGUGGAUGCUGGGGGCGUCACUUGAUCUCCCCUCCACACAGAGUACCGGAGAGGAGAGCGAGGUCACGCUGCCCACCUGCAUCCCGGUGCCCGACGACCAGCCAGAAACAUCCCCGGUCGCCCUCAGUGGCUUCAAAGGACAGUUGGACUCGGCUGUCUCUCAGUACAUCUCGCAGGUCAAGGAUCUCGGCUUUAAGGACGAGCCAGCCAAGGAUCACAAACUCCUCGCCGUCAAGUUCCAGCUUGACGCCCAGGACAUCAAUCUCAAGGACGAGGAGGAAGUGGACGCGGUGAAAGAGAUCCUGAAGGAGGAUAAGGGACAGCAGACGCAGCUAGAGGAGGAAGAAGACGUAGAUGAAGAGGUGUUAGAUGUGCUGGAGGAGGAGGUGCCUUCCCUGGAUAACCCGCUGUACCUCACCCUCAGCGAGUGUAACUCUGGCCUCCUUGACCCCUUCGAGGAGCCCGGCUCGGUGCACUUCUACGAGAACAGUCGCGGUGCUGAGGGAGGACGAGCACAUCUACGAGAACGUAGACAACUCUGCCGGGGAGUACGACACGUCAGAGAGUGA